GGUGUGUUCCCAACCAUGAAGGAGGAGAAAAUAAGUAUUUGCAUCACUAAAUUCAUAGCCUACUUUCAGUUGGAUUGAAAUUGCUGGAGAGGACUGCCGAUAUUUCAAAUAGCCAACACUUGGUUAGAUGCUGAGAACACUUCCCGUUGAAAAUUUGAUUUGAUUAAAUAUGAAGCCUAUGUCUGACAUGAAUUGUUCUUUUGAUCAACAUGGGGACCCAAAUGGAGAUAGAUUACUGCUCCAGGCGCUGUGGGAUGAUCUGCGAGCUCGACGGGAGUUCCUCACGUCACCUUAUCUGCCCGCGUGCUUUGCGUUCUUCAUCCACAUCCUCCUCUGCUCACCUUUCCUAGUGUUUGAAGCGCUGGGAUGUUUCUGGCCACGGAUACAUUUCUACAGGAUCUCUAGGAACGCUGAACCGUUGGGGUUGUGUUUGCAGCGAUGGGUUGACUGCUUUUGGAGGAUUGUUAUCAAAUACCUGACAACUAUUCUCCCGGCCAGCGCGCUUUACCAAAGCGUUCGGAAUCCAAUAUUUCCAGAACUCGCGCCAUCCUGGAGAGUGCUCAUAGCGGAGGUUAUCGCAUGCCUACUUCUAUUCGAUGCGCUGUUCUUCAUAUGGCAUUAUUCCAUGCAUCGGGUUCCUUGGCUGUAUCGGAUGGUCCACCAGGCUCACCACCAGAAUCGGAUUACCUUUGCCCUGACUGCACAGGAUGCCAGCCCGGCUGAGCUCCUCUCCCUGCAGGUGCUGGCCCUGACCAGUGCCUGGGUGGUGGGCUGCCACCCUUUGAGCGAGGCCCUGUUCCACCUGCUCAACACCUGGCUGGCCGUAGAGGACCACUGUGGUUAUGACCUGCCCUGGGCCCUCCAUAGACUGCUGCCCUGCUUCGGAGGGGCCCCCUUCCACCAGGCACACCACCACGUCUACAGGGGGAACUACGCCCCCUACUUCAGGCACUGGGACUGGCUUUGUGGGACCUACCUGAGGGUAAGGGAGGAGGCUGGGAGGAAACAUGGAGGGAGGACAAUGAGGAGGAGGAGGAGGAGGAAAAGCCUGGGGUCUGACUGUGUAUUUAUGUGCACGUACAACAAAGCUUAAAUCACAUCAGGAGACCACUUUUGAGGUGUGAGGAAGAAAAUACAACUUUAUAUUUUGCAGGUUUUAGUUCCCCAUUUAAUUUCAAUUGAGCACAUCAAGAGACUGGUUUUUGGCUGGCAGUGUUUCUGUACUGCAUGUGCAAUAGCAGAGUUUGGUCAUCAAAAUACCACCCGAUUUGAUACAAUUCAUUUUACCAGGUAAGCCUACUUUGCAGUUAACAUUUCAUUUGGAAAGUUUACUGGAAGGCCUUUAGAAACGACUGUUUCUGCAAUGUUAACUGACUUUCCUAGUUAAAGUUUACAUGUAAAAAAAUAUAUAUCAAAAUAAUUUACUGGCUGCACAAAGUGGUAGACACAGGCAUUCCCGUGACAUUGCAUCUUCAGAAAGUUGCAAUAAAUACAAAUCACAGAUGCAUUAUUUAAUAUUCUUUACACGUCGGCUUUGGAUUGAACCAAUCUGUGCUUGCUUUUCCCUCUAUGGCACUUCUUCUAAUUUGUAAAAAAAAAAAUUGAAAUGUAACAUUUAUUUAAAUAGGCAAGUCUGUUAAGAACAAAUUCUUAUUUACAAUGACGGCCAAACCCGGACGACGCUGGGCCAAUCGUGUGCCUCCCUAUGGGACUCCCAAUCCUGGCCAGUUGUGAUACAGCCUGGAUACAACUUGGUAACAGCCACACAGUGAAGCCUCAACUAGCUCUCACUGUCUCACGUCAGAAUUAGACAUUCGUCCAGGUUUCUCAAACAUAACUUUUCGAAGUUGUUGCAAAUUUGAAAGUGUUUAAGGUUAAGUGUAUGCAUUAACUCCGAAAAAUCUUAAGGUUAGGCAUUUAACUCUGAGUGGUUAAGGUUUGGGAUAGGCUUAAAACAAAAAUCUCAAACAACUUUCUGUUGCUGGAUUGGAAAUUGCAUCCUUCAGAAUCAGAGGCUUGUCGUGGAAAUAAGUCACUCUGGGUUCAUUCUGUUGUUAUCUGCACGUGGGUGAUGUCUUCACCCCUCCCUUGAUUAUUUACAGCUUAUCAACUUCAAAAUAAUGGACGGGUUCUGGCACGUGUCACUUCACACUGAUACCAUGUGCAGGAAACAGUAGCUUACCACUGUGUAGGCUAGGCUACACUGUGUAGGCUACUCAGCGUUAGCUAGCUAGUUAGCCAAACAAAGCUCACUGUUAAUCUUGUUCAACAGACCUUGUAUAAAAGAGGAUGUUGGCGCAUUUGCCAAGUUAUUUGAUAUCAGUGAUUUUGCCAUGAAGGGCCUCCAAUCCCCCUCUAUAUCAGUCACUGAUUGCAUUGAUCUAAUCAAGGGCCUUCAGUACAUUCAGAGACAAUGAUCAGCACUACAACACUGAUACUUUUAGAAAUCAUGAAACACGUUUCUCUACUUCGACUCGCACUCUCCCUCCCUCUGCUGAGACAUGACCAUCAGUCCAGUGAAAUAAAGAAGUUAUUUCAACUUAUGCUCUGAUGCGCUUCGCAAGUUGUAGGCUACAAAAACUGACCUAUUACCAUCAUAUAGCCUCGCAUGAGACUCCAGUUUUGAAAUAUACAGGACUCUAAUUGGACCUCUCUUAUUAUAUAUUAAAUUAGGCACAUUAAUGAAACAAUACUUAUUUCCAGUCAAUGGCCUAUCAUUUUUAGGAAUGUAGUUUAAUUGGAAAUCGAACUUAGCUCUGUGCUUCUCCACCAUGCACUAUCGUUAGGCCCUAUAGGCUAUUGAACCAUUUCAUUGAUAUCACACAUUGUAGGAACACUUGAUCUCCUGCACCCAGCAGAGAAUUGCUCUAGGCUUGUAUUUUUACUCAAAGUGAUCUCGGCUAAGAAAAGGUUGGUGACCACUGUUCUUGUCUAUAUUGGCUAUGGCUGCCUAUUGUGAUUAUUACAGUUAUAUCUGGGCAUUAUGUUCUAGUCUCGUAGUCUAUUAAUUAAGCUUUAGGCCUCUGGUUUAUUAUGUGUAGGUCUAUGUGAGUUGCAUGUUAAAUGCAAGAGUCGUGCAUUUACGUAGGCCUACAAAACGAAUUGGUCAUUUAAAAUCACAUGGUUAACUGAAUUGCAUCGUUAAAUAAAGGUGAAAAUGUUGUGAAGCCACAUUGGUCAUUCAAAAUCACAUGGUUAAAUGGUUUGUUGUGUGUGAUUGAUUACAGUAGGGUAUAAGGUAGGCUAUGCUUUAAUGAUAAUUUAAUGAUUUGAGUGCCUAAAUUUAGUCCCAUUGUCACGCUCGUUAUAAUGAUGAUAGUCAGACUAAGGUGCAGCGUGAGUAUAGUUCCACAUCUUUUAAUGAAUAAGUGAAACUGAAAACAAAAUAACAAAAUUUACAAAGACCCGUGACUACGUAGUGCUCAAACACACUAUACAUAAACAAUAUCCCAUAACCCACAGGUGGAAAACAUUCUACUUAAGUAUGAUCCCCAAUUAGAGACAACGAUAACCAGCUGCCUCUAAUUGGGAAUCAUACAAAUCACCAACAUAGAAAAUCCAACCUCGAACCCCACAUAGAAGAAAAAAAAAACCUAGUCACGUCCUGACCUACUCUACCAUAGAAAAUACAGGUUUUCUAUGGUCAGGAUGUGACACCCAUCUAAAUUUUUGAUGGCCCUGCCAUCAACGGAUUUCUGCCUACACCACGUGUGUGUGUGUGUGUGUGUGUGUGCGUGUGGACAUAACAAUGGUAUCCAUGAGUUCAUCUGACUCUGGGGAAGUAGAUAAAGGGCUUUGCCAAAAUUGCAAAGUAUCCCUUUUAGCUUAGGGGUUAGGUUAAGGUUCAGUUUAGGAGUGAAGGUUAGAGUAACGGUUAGGUUUAGGAAAAACUGUUUUUGAUUGGAAAUACAUUUUAUAAAGUGUUUGUUUUGUAAAUUCCAGGUGCUUAUGGGUUGAUUCUUAUGGGACUUAGGUAUGGCAGAGAUCUCAAUAUGUGAUAAUAUGGCUAAAUUGGCAUGUUUGUAAUAGACUGUUAAUAGCCUGUUAUAAUUACUCUACUCUUAUAGUCAGGCUAUUUGUUCUACUGUCACUAAUAGCCCAGCUAGCGCAUAUCGUUCUGAUAACCAUACGUUUCUUAGAGCUUCGUAGGAGCGUUUUUUUUCCCUCUGAUUAUUUUCAGGUGUGAAAGUAAGGCGCUAUGGUCCGGUGCAAAAUAUAUAGUGUGGGUUUCACUGUACAUGAGCCUAUCAAAAUAAUUAAAACAAAAUGUCAAGAGAACUGUAGGCAAUUACACCACCUUUUAUCAUUACUGCAUGAAAUAUGAGCAAAUGGACUUGAAAACUGCUGUUGUUGUAGAAACAACUGCUCUUGUAGUCGAGAACUGUUAAGCAUUCACCCAGGGUUUAUUCAAUAGUGACCUUUUCUGGAUGCAGCCAGCAUUGGACUCUUAGACAUAAAUACAUUUUAGCAUAUAUAGGCAAGGAACAUCUGGUUCAGUUCAGCACACUCCUCUCUACUGAGGUUUCUUGGCAAGCUUAUGUAACGGAUGUGAAACGGCUAGCUUAGUGAGGGUGGUGCGCGCUAAAUAGCGUUUCAAUCGGUGACGUCACUUGCUCUGCAAGAGCCACGGAUUUUGUGGAGCGAUGGGUAACAAUGCUUCGAGGGUGACUGUUGACGUGUGCAGAGCGUCCCUGGUUCGCGCCCAGGUCGGGGUGAGGGGACGGACGUAAAGUCUAUACUGUUACACUUAUCUAUUACAUAGUGGCAUCCAAGUGAUACAACCCCACCCCAUCUCUUCAAUGUAUAACAUGUGGGAUUGCCGUUCCCCUUCUCCAAUCGUUAUAACACAAAGUACAGUUGUCUAAGAAAAUUGUCAUCGGUAUCUUCAUUCACAUUGGUAUAGCCUAUACUCCAAAAUGUGAUGUGGUUAGAAGAGAACACUGACAUUUUGCCAAGGCAAAGGUGAGUUGGCGCCACUAAGACGCACACGGACAGCAGUUGACGCAUAAAUUCUGGCUUAAUGCAGGAAUGCAAACUAGUCACCUUUAGGUGAAAUUCGCCGUUUUGAAUCCAAAAUAGGUGACCCAAUCGCGUUUGGAGCUGUAUCCAAGGCUUAUCCAAUCAUUUACUCAGCCAAUCGUUUCCGUAACAGAAAGCAGCUUUACGAGUUACAGCAUCAGCGUGCGCGCUGGAAAGUCAGUUUGCCAGUUACAGAAGCACGUCCCCUUUUAUUUAUUUAACCAGGUAGGCUAGUUGAGGAUAAGUUCUCAUUUACAACUGCGACUUGGCCAGGAUAAAGUAAAGCAGUUCGACACAUACAACAACACAGAGUUACAAAAACAUACAGUCAAUAAAACAGUAGAAAAAUUCUAUAUACAGUGUGUGCAAAUGAGGUAAGAUAAGGGAGGUAAGGCAAUAAAUAGGCCAUGGUGGUGAAGUAAUUACAAUAUAGCAAUGAAACACUGGAGUGAUAGAUGUGCAAAACGUGAAUGUGCAAGUAGAGAUACUGGGGUGCAAAGGAGCAAGAUAAAUCAAUAAAGUAUGGGGAUGAGGUAGUUGGAUGGGCUAUUUAUAGAUGGGCUAUGUACAGGUGCAGCGAUCUGUGAGCUGCUCUGACAGCUGGUGCUUAAAGAUAGUGAGGGAUAUAUGAGUCUCCAGCUUCAGUGAUUUUUGCAGUUCGUUCCGGUCAUUGGCAGCAGAGGACUGGAUGGAAAGGCCGCCAAAGUAGGAAUUGGCUUUGGGGGUGACCAGUGAAAUAUACCUUCUGGAGCGUGUGCUACUGAUGGGUGCUGCUAUGGUGACCAGUGAGCUGAGCUAAGGCGGGGCUUUACCUAGCAUAGACUUAUAGAUGACCUGGAGCCAGUGGGGUUGGUGACGAAUAUGAAGCGAGGGCCAGCCAACGAGAGCAUGCAGGUCGCAGUGGUGGGUGGUAUAUGGGGCUUUGGCGACAAAAUGGAUGGCACUGUGAUAGACUGCAUCCAGUUUGUUGAGUAGAGAAUUGGAUUCUAUUUUGUUAAUGACAUCGCCAAAAUCAAGGAUCGGUAGGAUGGUCAGUUUUACGAGGGUAUGUUUGGCAGUAUGAGUGAAGGAUGCUUUGUUGCGAAAUAGGAAGCCAAUUCUAGAUUUAGUUUUUGAUUGGAGAUGCUUAAUGUGAGUGGAGGGAGAGUUUACAGUCUAACCAGACACCUAGAAUAUGUGGACAACUACAAAUACCGAAGUCAGAACCGUCCAGGGUAGUGAUGUUGGAUGGGCAGGCACGAUAACGAAGCUGUAACGUUAGGUGAGAAGCCUGACCACGGAGAUAGGGGUGAGAAAGUGAUGAAGCAUACUUCAUGAGCUAUAACUGAAAAAGUACUGGCAUUUGGAAAGUUUGAGGUGAGGGAGAAAGUGUGGUGGAACAAGUAUUAGCAUUAAGUAUUUUGCUAGCUGGAUCGAAUUCUCUGCUAUCCAGAGAAACGUUGAGCAGCAUUAUCAGAUCAAAUAAUUGAGUGUAUGGUGUGAAAAUGAGCUUGCUAAUAAAAUCAGACCGCUAACGUCAGCUAGCUAAAGUUACAACAUCAGAUGAGCUAACAUUAGUAACCUAACCAAUUCGCUAUAGUAUUAACUGGUAUACGACUCCUUGCCGUUCCUCAAUUUAUAACCUGUUAGAUUGCCAGGGUCCAGUAAGCAACUAUGUGAAAUGUUAACUCGCUAACAAACUAACCACUAUGCUAACUAAUGUUUUCCCUGUACAGUAUGUGGUUAAUUUUCAGAGUGAGAGAAUUAGGUGAAAAUGAGGCAUUGCUUGUUAAACAAGUGGAUUCAGGGAUCAAGUGUAGUUGGAGAUGGGCCUGGCUUAAACUGGAUGCCACUAUAGAGGUGAAAGGAACACCACACACUUUCCCUCUUUCUCACUUUUGCUGAUGUCCACAGACAGAAAGUGUACAAUGUAAUAAUCUGCACUGUAGCCCAAAUAUAUUGUUUUUGUUGUGUUGAACUUGACAGGAACACGUGAGUGAGGGGGGGAUUCUAUAUAUUUUUUACUCAGUGAAAGUUAUUUUUGCCAAUAUAGCCUUGUGCACUUGAUCGAUGUCUACUAUAGUGGCCACUAUAAUAGAGCAAAAAUAUAAUGCCUGUUUGUUUCAUUCUAUUUCUACUUUAAGAUGUUUUUUCCCAAGUGCAAUAUUUGUGUGUGGUCACAAACGUUCUAUUAUAAAGGCUGGCAUGGCUAACAGUAAAGUCUAGGUAACAAAUGACAUUGGAUUGCUUGCUUUACAUUUUUUAGCUGUGAGUCAAGUUCACAUGAACCACUUUUUAUUUUACACAUAGAGACUGAUCAUGUAGAUCAUAUUCUUUGUUGUUUAAUUAGUUAAAGCCUGCAUUUCCCCCUAACAGGGAUUUUUUUUGCAUGUUUCAGUGCAAAAAAAGUGUCACCUUUUUGGGCCCUCAGCAGUUGCAUCCCUGUUAAUGACGAUCGGAAAAUGUCAUCACACAUUUUGGUGUUUUGUGUAACAGAUGUCUCUUUCCAUUCACCACUGUUUGGAGGCUGUAAAUAUUUUGCGAGUGGAUGAAUGUCCGUGGGUAGAGACACAUUAUUAUAAAUGUUUAUAUACAGUUGAAGUCGGAAGUUUACAUACACUUAGGUUGGAGUCAUUAAAACAAUUUUUUUAACCACUCCAAAAAUUUCUUGUUAACAAACUAUAGUUUUGGCAAGUCGGUUAGGACAUCUACUUUGUGUAUGACACAAGUCAUUUUUCCAACAAUUGUUUACAGACAGAUUAUUUCACUUAUAAUUCACUGUAUCACAAUUCCAGUGGGUCAGAAGUUUACAUACACUAACUUUGUGCCUUUAAACAGCUUGGAAAAUUCCAGUAAAUUAUGUCAUGGCUUUAGUAGCUUCUGAUAGGCUAAUUGACAUAAUUUGAGUCAAUUGUAGGUGUACCUGUUGAUGUAUUUCAAGGCCUACCUUCAAACUCAGUGCCUCUUUGCUUGACAUCAUGGGAAAAUCAAAAGAAAUCAGCCAAGACUUCAGGAAAAAUAAUUGUAGACCUCCACAAGUCUGGUUCAUCCUUGGGAGCCAUUUCCAAAUGCCUGAAGGUACCACGUGUACUGUUGUUUGUACAGAUGGACAAGUAUAAACACCAUGGGACCACGCAGACGUCAUACCGCUCAGGAAGGAGAUGCGUUCUGUCUCCUGGAGAUGAACAUACUUUGGUGCGAAAAGUGCAAAUCAGUUACAGAACAAGAGCAAAGGAGCUUGUGAAGAUGCUGGAGGAAACGGGUACAAAAGUAUCUAUAUCCACAGUAAAACGAGUCCUAUAUCGACAUAACCUGAAAGGCCGCUCAGCAAGGAAGAAGCCACUGCUCCAAAACCGCCAUAAAAAAGCCAGACUACGAUUUGCACCUGCACAUGGGGACAAAGAUCGUACUUUUUGGAGAAAUGUCCUCUGGUUUGAUGAAGCUAAAAUAGAACUGUUUGGCCAUAAUGACCAUUGUUAUGUUUGGAGAAAAAGGGGGACGCUUGCAAGCCGAAGAACGCCAUCCCAACCGUGAAGCACGGGGGUGGCAGCGUCAUGUUGUGUGGUGGCUUUGCUGCAGGAGGGACUGUAUUUGGGUAAGGUGUAUGUAAACUUCCGACUUCAACUGUAUCUGCCUCACUCUCAGAGAAAUAAUUUGUACUGCUUGGUUUUACACAGUCAAAUGUAACAAAUAACUACUUUUUUAUAUGUCUGAACUGUAAAGAAAUGUUCAAAUGAUACAUUUGUGAUAUUUUUGCAUAUUACCCAGCAUCCUUUUCUGCACCUGAAGUUUUGAAUUAUAUGUUGUUACUCAUAUUUAGCUAAGUCAAAUUUGAUGUUCAUUUUCCAACUGAAUAAUGUUGCACUUUUAAUUAUACUUUACACAUUUUUUGUAUGUUAACGUUUUACACUCCAGCCACAACUAUUUGUAAAUAACUGUAAAUAAAAGGUUAUUAAUUGAU